AAUACCAAAAAGAAGCAAUUACUAAUUACCUUACCUGUCACGUUUAAUAAGGGGGACGAGGAAAAACUGUAAGAACAAGACUGAGAAAAUGGCAGAUGAUUUAGAUGUUGAGGCAAUGCUGGAGGCUCCGUAUAGGAAAGAGGAUGACGGAAGAGGAGAUGCAGAUAGAGAUAGACAAAAGAGGAAAAAGAGAAGUCGAGAUAGAAGUCGUGACAGAGAUAGAGACAGAGACCGAGAUCGUGAUCGUGAAAGACGCAGGAGUAGAAGUAGAGAUCGCCACAGAGACAGGGAAAGAGAUCGGGACAGACAUCGUGAUCAUGACCGACAUCGAGGACGUGACCGUGACAGAGACCGAAGGGACAGAAAACGCAGUAGGAGUCGCGAAAAAAGAAGGAGGAGUCGCAGUAAAUCCAAGGAAAGGAAAAGAACACCAGAACGAGAAAGAAAGCCACGCAGCAAUAGCACAAGUCCAAUGAGAUAUAUCAGGCAACCAGGUCCUGAGUUGACCCCAGAGGAGAGGGACGCUAGGACUGUGUUCUGUAUGCAAUUGUCAGCUAGAAUUCGACCCAGGGACCUUGAGGAAUUCUUUUCUUCUGUUGGAAAGGUGAGAGAUGUUCGUUUAAUCAUGGACAAUAAAACCAGGAGAUCUAAAGGCAUUGCCUAUGUGGAAUUCCAAGACACUGAUCCUGUGCCAUUAGCUAUAGGACUAACAAACCAGAAAUUACUAGGUGUACCUAUUAUAGUUCAGCCCUCUCAGGCAGAGAAAAACAGAGUGGGAAACCCCAGCAGCAUCUUGACGAAAGGAAGCAUUGGACCAAUGAGGCUGUAUGUGGGCUCCCUUCACUUCAACAUCACAGAGGAAAUGCUCAGAGGAAUAUUUGAACCAUUUGGAAAGAUUGAUGACAUUAAAUUAAUAAGAGACCAUGAAACCAACAGAUCCCAAGGUUAUGGUUUUAUAUCGUUCCAUGAUUCAGAGGAUGCCAAGAAAGCUUUGGAACAGUUAAAUGGAUUCGAAUUGGCUGGUCGACCAAUGAAGGUUGGUCAUGUGACUGAGCGACAGGGAGAAAUCCAGGGGGCCUCAAUGUUGGACAGUGAUGAAAUGGAUCGAGCAGGAAUAGAUUUGGGGGCUACAGGUCGCCUGCAGCUAAUGGCCAAACUGGCAGAGGGCACAGGAUUCCAGAUUCCUGAAUAUGCUGCUUCAGCCCUGAAUAUUAGCCAGCAGACACCAGGCGUGGCCACAGUGCCCCCUGCAGGAGCACCCCCUAAUGUAUCAGCCAUAUUGGGAAGUCAAGGCACAGGACAAGAUAGUACAGCACCUCCGAUAGCCACACAGUGUUUUAUGCUCUCAAAUAUGUUUGAUCCUAAUGUGGAAUCGAGGUCUAACUGGGACCAGGAGAUCAGAGAUGAUGUUAUAGAGGAAUGCAAUAAGCAUGGGGGAGUCUUACAUCUAUAUGUAGACAAGGCCUCACCCCAAGGAAAUGUGUAUGUUAAGUGUCCCACUAUAUCUGCAGCUGUGGCUUCUGUACGGGCCCUCCAUGGAAGGUAUUUUGGAGGCAAGAUGAUAACAGCAGCCUAUGUUCCUCUUCCUAAUUACCACUCCCUGUUUCCGGAUGCAGUAAGGGCCAACCAAUUACUUCUCCCCUCCGCACAGGCUCUACAGGCAGGCUUCCCGACAUCCAUGUUCCCUAACAUGCAGUCAGUGAUGAGAUAACCCUUCAGAGCCAGUCAGUCCAUAGUUUUUGUCAUCAGCAUGUGAUUAGUUAUACUAAGAGGAGUGAAAAAUAUUCUUCACAGAAAAACUUGGUCAUUUAACUGCUAAUCAUAACUGUUCAUCAUUGAGUGCAAGAAUCAGAACUGUCCUGUUGAACAAGCAUCUUCUGUAAAUUUGGAAAGAUGAAAAUUAAAGUGACCAUUUUAAUUGAAACUAUUGAUGAUUUGUAAAAUUCACAAGUACAUGUAUGUGAGAAAAAAAAAUGUUUUAUCCUGUUAAGAUAUAGUUUUACAUUCAUUCAUUGUAAACCAAAUUAAUUUUGGGUUUCAUCCAUCAUAAGUCAUCACCAUUGACUGUAAAUUCAUUUGACAAAUAGGGAAAUUUUCCUUCUGUCCAUUUAAAAUGACAAUAAAGAAGAAUCUUAA